AUGUCCCUUACAUUGGGGGUCAGUGGGAAGAAUGUCCCUUACAUUGGGGGUCAGUGGGAAGAAUGUCCCUUACAUUGGUGGUCAGUGGGAAGAAUGUCCCUUACAUUGGGGUCAGUGGGAAGAAUGUCCCUUACAUUGGGGGUCAGUGGGAAGAAUGUCCCUUACAUUGGGGGUCAGUGGGAAGAAUGUCCCUUACAUUGAGGGUCAGUGGGAAGAAUGUCCCUUACAUUGGGGGUCAGUGGGAAGAAUGUCCCUUACAUUGGGGGUCAGUGGGAAGAAUGUUCCUUACAUUGGGGGUCAGUGGGAAGAAUGUUCCUUACAUUGGUGGUCAGUGGGAAGAAUGUCCUUUACAUUGGGGGUCAGUGGGAAGAAUGUUCCUUACAUUGGUGAUCAGUGGGAAGAAUGUUCCUUACAUUGGGGGUCAGUGGGAAGAAUGUCCCUUACAUUGGGAGUCAGUGGAAAGAAUUAUCCUUACAUUGGUGAUCAGUGAGAGGUAUGCCCCUUACAUUGGUGGUCAGUGGGGAAAAUGUUCCUUAUAUUGGCUGUCAGUGGGAAGAAUGUCCCUUACAUUGGGGGGUCAGUCAGGGAAGAAUGUCCCUUAC